UACAGCAACUAAAAUAGUCCAACUUUUUGCCCGCUCGUGUGCUCCCUUGCACCAUCAUGGAUGAAGUGCACGAAAAGAUGAAGAAUUUUUUAAUUAAUUCCGACACGAGUGGUAUCGAGUUGGGCGAGUUUCUAGCAAACCGAUUCCCCGCACCGGUUGCACCCUAUCUUGCCCUCUUCCCGCCGGGGACUGGCCAAUGGAUACGACGACGUUUGGGCAACCGAUGGAGGGUGGGUUCUCUGGUGCUGCUUCUAGUGCUCCUGCCGCUACUGCUGCUCACCGUGAUCAACCACACGACAAUCGGAGAAGGCGAAGGACGACGAUGGCGACCACCGCUGGCAACGUUGUUUGCAAAUGAAGAUUGCAUUCUUACCAUGCCGGCGCAGUUACAGAAAGCGUUUCGACCACCGGAGAGUUGUGGCUUCUGUCGGGCAGUUCACGGAACCGUUCCAAGGCUGUCGAACGUGAGUCCGGUGGAGUUUGCUCGUAACUAUGCAUACCGUGGUGGACCAGUUAUUGUGACGGAUGCCACCGUAAAUUGGACCGCUGUCGAGCGCUUUGACUAUUGGUUCUUCAAGCGUGUGUACGAAACGUACGGAACAGGACCGAAAGCAGAACGGUGUCAGUUUUUCCCUUAUCAGACGGGAUUUCGGGACAUCCGGGAAGCGUUGUCACUAUCGGAAUCACGCGUCCGAUACGACCCGGGCACAGAACCGUGGUACUUCGGAUGGAGUAACUGCGAUCCGGCAAUUGUGAAGGUGCUGCGAGAGCAUUAUCAACGUCCAUACUUUCUACCGGCCGAUUCGGAGAACAGUGCUAUCGACUGGGUAUUUAUGGGUGGGCCUGGUCUUGGAGCACACAUGCAUGUCGACAACGUUCGUCUUCCAUCCUGGCAAUCUCAACUGAAGGGAGCCAAAGAGUGGAUUCUUGCACCACCGCCAGAAUGUUUCUAUCAGUGUGAAUUCUUAUCCGUCGUUGUGCAAACCGGGGAAACAAUUGUUCUAGACACCAACAAAUGGUACCACAAAACGAACGUUCUUCCCGGCCCGAUCAGUAUCACCGUUGGAGCAGAAUACGACUAA